AACCUAGAUUAAUUCGAUUAGUCCAUUCUUGGCUGUUCGAUAGUUUAUGGUUAUUUGCCAGAAGCGAUGCAAUCAUGGCGGACGCUGCGGCUCGUCAACUGCAAUACGAAUAUAAAGCGAAUUCGAAUCUCGUUUUACAAGCUGACGUCCGAUUAAUAGAACGACGUAGCAGAGAUGAAGCUACCGGCGAGGUUAUGUCCCUUGUUGGAAAACUGGACGGCACACGUAUGGGUGACAGAGCUCAGCGUACCAAACCAGGCAAGGCGGAGGAGAGAAAAGUCAAGCGCCAAAAGCGUGAUGAAGCACAAUACGAUUUCGCGCGUAUGAAAGGAGCGACGUUACUGUCUGAAGGCGUGGAUGAAAUGGUUGGAAUUGUAUAUCGUCCAAAAACACAAGAAACACGUCAAACUUAUGAGGUAUUGCUCAGUUUCAUACAAGAAGCUUUGGGUGAUCAACCGCGCGAUAUCCUAUGUGGCGCAGCCGACGAAGUACUAGCUGUGCUGAAAAAUGAUCGCCUUAAAGAGAAAGAGAAAAAGAAAGAGACGGAACUCUUGCUUGGCUUAUUAGCGGAGGAAAGAUUUGCGCUGCUUGUAAAUCUUGGAAAAAAGAUCACAGAUUUCGGCAGUGAUGAGAAAAGUACGACAAACGACGAAAACAUUGAUGAAACGUAUGGAAUUAACGUACAAUUUGAGGAGAGUAGCGAGGAAGAUGAUGAGGAUGUGUACGGAGAAGUUCGAGAAAAUGAUGAUGAGGGAGACGAAGGUGAGGAGGCCAAUGACGACAGAGCAAUCCAUGCUGAAAAUUUGGGUGGAACAGAAGAGAUGAAGAAAGAGAAGCCACUACAUCCAUUAGAUAUAGAUGCAUACUGGUUGCAAAGAAGAUUAAGUACGAUAUACGAUGACGCGAUGGUUUCACAAGCGAGGGCUGCCGAAGUGCUAGCUGUUUUGAAGGAUGCUGCAGAUGAUCGCGAAUGCGAAAAUCAGCUUGUGCUGCUACUGGGUUACGAUUGUUUCGACUUUAUUAAACAGCUUAAAAAAUACAGGCACACAGUUGCAUAUUGUACAAUGUUGGCGUCAUCGCAGUCGGAAUCGGAAAGACAAAAGAUCCGUAACAAGAUGAACGACGACCCAGUGUUGGCAAAAAUCUUGCGGCAACUCGACACAGGUAAAGGCGAAGAUGACGCCGACGAAACGAUGGAAGCUAGAUCACAGCGAAAAAGGCGAGAGGAGAAUGAGGAUACAGGUGGUCCCGGUGGUCAGGUUCAGGGUACAAGGAACUUGAUAGACUUGGAGGAUCUGAUAUUUGCGCAGGGAAGUCAUUUCAUGGCGAACAAGCGUUGUCAGUUACCUGACGGUAGUUUCCGAAAACAGCGCAAAGGCUACGAGGAAGUUCACGUUCCCGCUCUGAAGCCGAAGCCGUUCGCGGAGAAUGAGAAGCUACAUCCGAUCGAUCAGUUGCCAAAGUAUGUGCAAUCCGCCUUCGAAGGUUUCAAGACGCUAAAUCGUAUACAGAGUCGCUUAUAUCAAACAGCAUUGGAGAGCGACGAAAACUUGCUAUUGUGCGCGCCAACAGGAGCUGGUAAAACUAACGUUGCCCUGCUUUGCAUGAUGCGGGAGAUAGGAAAACACAUAAAUGCCGACGGCACGAUUAACGCCGACGAGUUCAAGGUAAUUUACGUUGCCCCGAUGCGCUCGUUGGUGCAAGAAAUGGUCGGCAAUUUUCGCAAACGAUUGUCAACGUACAGUUUGACUGUAUCCGAGUUGACGGGUGAUCAUCAAUUAACGCGAGAGCAAAUCGCCGCGACUCAGGUGAUAGUGUGUACCCCGGAAAAGUGGGAUAUCAUAACGAGGAAGGGUGGUGAGAAAACGUUUACGUCGUUAGUACGAUUGAUCAUCAUUGAUGAAAUUCACUUGUUGCACGACGAGAGAGGCCCUGUCCUCGAAGCGUUAGUCGCAAGAACGAUCCGGAACAUCGAAACCACCCAGGAGGACGUGCGACUUGUCGGUCUCUCGGCCACAUUACCCAAUUAUCAAGACGUAGCGGCGUUCUUGCGCAUUAAACCAGAAACGGGACUCUUCUACUUCGACAACAGUUUCCGACCCGUAGCGUUGGAACAACAGUACAUCGGCGUGACCGAGAAGAAGGCGUUGAAGCGCUUCCAGGUGAUGAACGAGAUCGUGUACGAGAAGACCAUGGACCACGCUGGCAGAAAUCAAGUACUGAUAUUCGUGCAUUCACGCAAGGAAACCGGAAAGACGGCGCGCGCUAUCAGAGACAUGUGUCUGGAGAAGGACACUCUGGGUAAUUUUCUCAAGGAGGGUUCUGCGUCGAUGGAGGUCCUAAGAACGGAAGCGGAGCAGGUGAAGAACCAGGAGUUGAAGGAUCUGCUGCCAUACGGUUUCGCGAUUCAUCACGCCGGUAUGACGCGAGUGGAUCGUACGCUGGUGGAAGAUCUCUUUGCCGAUAGGCACAUACAAGUCCUCGUAUCGACGGCGACUUUAGCCUGGGGUGUCAAUUUACCAGCUCACACUGUCAUCAUUAAGGGAACACAAGUGUACAAUCCAGAGAAGGGCAGAUGGGUGGAACUAGGUGCCCUGGAUGUGCUGCAAAUGUUAGGCAGAGCUGGUCGACCGCAGUAUGAUACCAAAGGUGAAGGUAUUCUUAUUACGAACCAUAGCGAACUGCAAUACUACUUGUCGUUGCUGAAUCAGCAACUGCCAAUAGAAUCCCAAUUGAUCAGCAAGAUGUCUGAUAUGCUGAAUGCUGAGGUGGUGCUGGGUACGAUCCAGAACAUCAGGGACGCUGUUACCUGGCUUGGCUAUACUUAUCUUUAUAUCAGGAUGCUCCGUUGCCCAAAUCUUUACGGGAUAAGUCAUGAUAAGUUGAAGCAAGAUCCUUUAUUGGAGUUGCACAGAGCUGAUUUGAUCCAUUCGGCUGCUGUCGGGCUAGAUCGCAGUGGCUUGAUCAAGUACGAUCGUAAAUCUGGCAAUUUCCAGGCGACUGAAUUGGGUAGAAUAGCGUCUCACUAUUAUUGCACCCACGACACGAUGUCUACGUACAAUCAGUUGCUAAAGCGCACCUUAAGCGAGAUAGAAUUGUUCCGAGUGUUCUCGCUAUCCAGCGAGUUCAAGAAUAUAAAUGUCAGGGAGGAAGAGAAACUGGAACUGCAAAAACUGAUGGAGAGAGUGCCGAUACCGGUAAAGGAGAGCAUCGAGGAGCCGAGCGCGAAGGUGAACGUGCUCUUGCAAGCAUAUAUUUCACAGUUGAAACUUGAGGGCUUCGCUCUCAUGUCUGACAUGGUAUUCGUCACGCAGUCCGCGUCGCGUCUUAUGAGAGCAAUCUUCGAAAUCGUCUUGUUCCGUGGUUGGGCGCAAUUGGCGGACAAAUGCCUGUCCUUGUGCAAGAUGAUCGACCGCAGGAUGUGGCAAUCGAUGUCGCCGCUCAGACAAUUUCGCAAGAUGCCGGAGGAGAUCGUGAAGAAGAUCGAGAAGAAAAACUUCCCUUGGGAACGACUGUACGAUCUGGGUCCUAAUGAAAUCGGAGAACUGAUUCGUGUACCGAAGCUGGGCAAAACUAUUCACAAAUACGUUCAUCAGUUUCCGAAGCUGGGUCUGUCGACGCACAUCCAACCGAUCACGCGUUCCACUCUGCGAGUCGUGCUGACAAUCACGCCAGAUUUCCAGUGGGACGAGAAAGUCCACGGUAUGUCGGAAGCAUUUUGGAUCCUGGUCGAGGACGUAGACUCGGAGGUAAUAUUGCAUCACGAAUAUUUCCUGCUAAAGGCCAAGUACGCGGCCGACGAGCACGUGAUUAAAUUCUUCGUGCCAGUCUUCGAACCGUUGCCGCCACAGUAUUUCCUACGCGUGGUGUCCGACCGGUGGAUCGGUGCGGAGACUCAAUUGCCCGUGAGCUUCCGGCAUCUGAUACUACCAGAGAAGAAUUUGCCACCUACGGAGUUGCUUGAUCUGCAAGCGCUGCCAAUCACGGCACUGCGAAAUGCCAAGUUCGAGAGUAUUUACAUGAAUUUCCCGCAGUUCAAUCCUAUUCAGACGCAAGUAUUCAAUGCAGUUUAUAAUUCCGACGAUAACGUGUUUGUUGGAGCACCCACGGGUUCGGGCAAAACGACUAUUGCGGAGUUCGCAGUGCUAAGACUGCUAACGCAGAAUUCGGAAGGCCGAUGCGUGUAUAUGGUGAGCAAGGAAGCUCUAGCAGAGUUGGUUUACACUGACUGGACAGUGAAAUUCGGUCAGCAUCUGGGAAGAAAGGUCGUCCUUUUAACUGGAGAAACUGGAACGGAUCUGAAGCUACUUGCCAAGGGACAGAUUAUUAUCACUACAGCGGAUAAAUGGGACGUGCUUUCACGCCGAUGGAAGCAAAGGAAGAACGUACAGAAUAUUCAGCUGUUCAUCGUGGAUGAAUUGCAACUGAUAGGUGGCGAGGAAGGUCCUGUGCUAGAAGUCGCGUGUUCACGAGCACGCUACAUCUCCUCGCAGUUGGACAAACCUACCAGGAUAAUAGCAUUAUCAGCCUCAUUGGGCGACGCCAAGGACGCUGCACAGUGGCUAGGUGCGCCGGCAGCUGCGACGUUCAAUUUCCAUCCAUCGGUGCGACCAGUGCCAUUGGAGCUGCACGUGCAGGGUAUAAACGUCACUCAUAACGCAUCUAGAUUGGCCGCCAUGGCGAAGCCGGUAUACAACGCUAUACUUCGGCAUGCCGCACACAAACCGGUGAUCGUGUUCGUGCCUACUCGUCGACAGGCGAGAUUGACGGCUAUUGAUUUACUGACAUUCACGGCCGCCGAAGGUCAGCCUUCAAGAUUUUUCCACGCAGAAGAAGCAGACAUUAAGCCGUUCCUCGACCGAAUGGUUGACAAAACGCUAAAAGAGACUCUGUCGCAAGGUGUAGCUUAUUUGCACGAGGGCCUAUCAGCGGACGAUCGUAACUUGGUCGAACAAUUGUUCGAUAGCGGUGCCAUUCAAGUGGCGGUCGCUACGAGAGAUCUCUGCUGGGGUUUAUCCAUUAGUUCUCACCUAGUCGUGGUCAUGGAUACACAGUGUUACAACGGCAAGACGCACGCCUACGAGGACUACCCAAUUACAGACGUCUUGCAGAUGGUGGCGCGCGCUAAUCGCCCAUUAGAGGAUGAAGACGCGAAGUGCGUGCUCUUGUGUCAGAGUUCGAAGAAGGACUUCUUCAAAAAGUUUCUUAACGAGCCGCUGCCAGUGGAGAGCCACUUGGAUCGCAGACUACACGAUCAUUUCAACGCGGAGAUCGUGACGAAAACGAUUGAGAACAAACAAGAUGCUGUUGAUUAUCUGACAUGGACCUUCCUCUACCGACGACUCACUCAGAAUCCCAACUAUUACGGCCUGCAAGGUGUCACGCAUCGGCAUCUCUCGGAUCACCUAUCCGAAUUGGUUGAGAGCACGUUGACUGAUUUGGAGCAAGCCAAGUGCGUCGCCGUGGAAGAUGAAAUGGACACUCUACCGCUCAAUCUGGGAAUGAUCGCCGCCUAUUACUACAUCAAUUACGCUACUAUUGAGCUGUUCAGUUUGUCCCUUAACAACAAGACGAAGAUUAGAGGUCUGCUCGAGAUUAUUUCAGCAGCCGCUGAGUACGAGAGCGUUCCGGUCCGACAGAGGGAAGAAAAUCUACUAAGGAGUCUAGCUGCGCGUCUACCCCACGCACCGCAAGCCACCAGAAUGGCUGAUCCUCACGUGAAGGCGCAGCUUUUACUCCAGGCUCAUCUGUCCAGGAUACAAUUGGGCCCGGAAUUGCAGAAGGACACCGAGCUGGUGCUGGGCAAAGCCGUGAGAUUGAUACAAGCAUGCGUCGACGUGCUCAGCUCCUCCGGAUGGUUGGCGCCCGCCGUCGCCGCUAUGGAACUGGCACAGAUGGUGACGCAGGCGAUGUGGUCCAAGGAUUCAUACCUGAAGCAGUUGCCACACUUCACCGCGGAGACCAUUAAGCGCUGCACCGAUAAGGGCGUAGAGACAGUCUUUGACGUGAUGGAGCUCGAGGAUGAUGAUCGGAAUCGGCUACUGCAGCUGACAGACGCCCAGAUGGCGGACGUCGCCAAGUUCUGCAACCGUUAUCCCAACAUUGAGAUGUCGUACGAGGUACAAGACAAGGAUAAACUGCACAGUGGCGGCACGGUGAACGUGAUCGUCCAGCUGGAGCGAGAGGACGAGGUCACCGGACCGGUGGUUGCGCCAUUCUUCCCGCAGAAGCGCGAGGAGGGCUGGUGGGUGGUGAUCGGUGAUCCAAAGAGUAACUCGCUGCUGUCCAUCAAGCGGCUGACGCUACAGCAGAAAGCGAAGAUCAAGUUGGACUUUGUCGCCCCAGCACCUGGUCAGCACUCUUAUACCCUGUACUUCAUGAGCGAUGCUUAUCUCGGCUGCGAUCAGGAAUACAAGUUCACUAUCAGCGUCGGAGAGUACGAGUCGGACGCCAGCUCCGGUUCCGAUUCCGACUAAAGACAUUCAAGCCUGAUGAGGCGUUCCAUAUUAUCAUUGAUUUUUUAUGUACAGUGCUUAUUAGUGUGCAGAUAUUGCGAUAUCACUGUCUCUUUAGUUAUUUUCUAUUUCUAUCAACACACAGAACCGCUUGUUUUGACACAAUAAUUAAAGGAAAGCUUGUAUUUUGCAGAUUUGUCUAAGCAAUAAUUUAAUGUGCUAUAAAGCAGCGACGUAAUCCUUUGUUAGGUAUAAUCUAGAAUAAAGUGUAUAUUUAAACAUAUGAGAA